GUCUCCAUGUGCCCGACGCGUUAGUUGCAAUAUCCGGGGCAUACUUAGACUAAAACAAGAAGUAUUCGUUGUUUAUCGAAAAUGGAAAUUUAACGAAAAGUCCUGAUUCUUAUUCUCUGAAUGUGCCCACUCUAUGGGGGGGCGGGGCCGCAUAGAUCGGGUCACAAGGGAUAGCCUCUUUGAGCAGGUGACAUGUGAAACCUGAUGGGGAACCAGGGCUCCGAGGGAAGACCCGCAAAGCCCUUGAUGCGUCUGAAGACGGGGAAGCCAGCUGGAGCGGCUCAGGCUCUGUGCGCCCAGGGGAGACAGGAGCAGCAGGGCGCGUCUCACCUGUGAUUCCAGAGUCUCGGAGGCUGCCGGAAAGGGUUUGGAUAUUUUACUCUUAGGGCAGGGGAAGCCAUCGAUUGCUUUAAAGCUGGGGGGUGACGCAGUCUGACUUGAGUUCUUAAAGGAUCACUGCCACUUGUGAGAAAUGGGACGGGGAGGGCGCGCGGACACGAGAGGGCGGGGAGGCCAGGUGGGAGCCCAUGACCGAUGCCCAGGCCUGCGGUGAUGAGCUUGGAUCAGGGGGCAGUGUGUCUUUCUGGGUCUCCAGGGAGCAGUCACAGAGACAGUCAGGCGCCCACAGCGAGAACUGGGAUGACGUACCGGGAAAGGUAAAAGGGGAAACACGGGAUGGGUGGGGAGAGCCUAAGGUAAUCCCGCAGAUCUGGCCUGGGAAAGGAAAGCGAACCAGCCCGGGAUGGAAUCCUAGCAGCCUCGGGAUAACAGAGGACACCAGGGCAGGGACCCUGCACAGUCCCCCGCUAGCUGCUAGCUGUCAGCUGAGUCGGGGGGUGGUGUCCUGGAGGUGUGAGGGAGCCGGAAAUAGUGCUUUGGAGAGUAUGACCAAGAACCUUCCAGAAAGUAGAGUGGGCUGCCAGGUGGUCUGUGAUGCUGAGGGCAGUGUGGUGCCACAUGGCCUGGUUCUGUGACUGUCCACCGGGGCCAGACACAGGAUAGUGAGUAGUGAGGGGGAGCAACUGAGGCAGACAGUGUCUUUGAGAUGUGAGGGUAGUGGGGGGCCCGGGAUCUGCACUGGGUGAGGAAGGGUGGAAUGAAACAGGAUCACUUAUAUGUCAAGGGAUUUCAAAAUGGAGCCAGGACUCCAUUAAGGAGACCGGCCAUAUGCCUGUCCUCACCAGUGGACACGUGACCUCUUGAACUGGUCCAAAGUGCAAAUAUUCCAGGGACCAACCCUGAACCCUUCAAGCCCCCCAUAGUGAGAGACCGGCAGUGACAGCCUCAGUGCAGAUUAUGUCAUAAGGGUUCCCUUUUUGCUGCCGACACCGAUCACAAAUUGUCUGUAAGCAACACACCCAAGCGGCCUAUCUUAGCUGCGAAUCCUUCUGAGUUUUGCUCCCUAGUGGGGCCUUAUUUGGGUCGUGGCCCAAAUCUCAGUGGCCUGGAUAGCAAUUCUUCAUUCCAGAUAAAUGAGCUUGUGUAGCAAUUGCCUCCUGAUGAUUUUAGCGAGACACAGGGAACGGGGAGUGGCGAGCAGGACAGGUCACAGGGUGUCGGUCGGAGCUGGAAGGCGCAGCCUGCCUUCAGUCAGGGGACAGUAACCCAGCCUGGGUUCUAGAAUCACGCCUGAAUCCACAUUCCCAUGAUCCCUGGUCCAGUGCUCCUUCCUCGUGACUUUGCUGCUUGGCCCAGCCCCAUCCCAGGAUGUAGGAUCCGCUGCCCUGGGCCCAGGACUCACCUCGUGCAAGAGUCUGCGGGCUGCCCACUCCCAUGGCCCCUGCCCCGAGAGGAAGCUCCCAAGAGUAAACACAGCCUCAUCUUCCCGCCCACCGGGGUCUACCACAUUCCACACCGGCCAGAUGUCCAGUCACAAGGCUCUCUCCCUGGGCUGCAGGCUGGUUUUCCCGAGGAUGAGGGAGCCUCACCCCUGGCAGAGAGGCUUGGGGGCAAUUCUCACUUCUGCCCUCUUUCUCCUGGGCUGCUGGGGACUCUCCGAUUUCCAGCAGCAAUUUCUUCAGGCUUUGGAGCCGGAGGAAGUGACUUCUUAUUUCGGCCCUGAAGCUACUUUAAAAGGCCGUCCUCCUUCCCCUCGCGUCCGGAGACAGGCUGCGGGGAGUGUCCUGCACUUGGAGCUGCUGCUGGCCGUGGGCCCCGACGUCUAUCGGGCUCACCAGGAGGACACCGAGCGCUACGUGCUCACUAACCUCAACAUGGGGUCAGAGCUGCUGAGGGACCCAUCUCUGGGGGCUCAGUUCCGAGUACAUCUAGUGAAGAUGCUCAUCCUGACCCAGCCCGAGGAUGCUCCCAGCAUCACGGGCAACAUCACGGCGUCACUGCUGAGUGUCUGUGAGUGGAGCAGGACGGUCAACCCCGAGGACGACGCAGAUCCGGGGCACGCCGACCUGGUCCUCUACAUCACCAGGUUUGACCUGGAGUUACCAGAUGGUAACCGGCAGGUUCGAGGGGUCACCCAGCUGGGGGGUGCUUGCUCGUCCUCCUGGAGCUGCCUCAUCACUGAGGAUACUGGCUUUGACCUGGGGGUGACCAUCGCCCAUGAGAUCGCACACAGCUUGGGUGUGGAGCAUGACGGUGCACCGGGCAGCGGCUGCGGGCCCAGCGGCCACGUGAUGGCCUCCCAGGACGCCGCGCCCGCCCCUGGCGAUCUGACCUGGUCUGCCUGCAGCCGCCGGCAAGUGCUGCAGCUGCUCAGCGCAGGACGGGCGCACUGCCUGUUGGAUCUGCCGGGGCCGCAGGCGGGGAGCGCGGGGCGCCCUCCCCAGGCGCAGCCAGGCCUCCUCUAUGGCGCAGACGAGCAGUGCCGCGUGGCCUUUGGUGCUAAGGCCGUGGCCUGCACCUUCACCAGGGAGCACCUCGACAUGUGCCAAGCUCUGUCCUGCCACACGGACCCCCUGGACCAAAGCAGCUGUAGCCGCCUCCUCGUUCCUCUCCUGGAUGGGACAGAGUGCGGCAUGCAGAAGUGGUGCUCCAAGGGUCACUGCCGCUCCCUGGCGGAGCUGAGCCCCGUCGGGGUGGUGCACGGGCACUGGUCUAGCUGGGGUCCCCCCAGCCCUUGCUCUCGCUCCUGCGGAGGAGGUGUGGUCACCCGGAGGAGGCACUGCAACAACCCCAGGCCUGCCUUUGGAGGGCGUGCGUGUGUGGGCGCUGACCUCCAGGCUGAGACGUGCAACACCCAGGCCUGUGAGAAGACCCAGCUGGAGUUCAUGGCCGAGCAGUGCUCCCAGACGGACAGGAAACCGCUGUACCUGUCCCCAGGCAACGCCUCCUUCUACCGCUGGGGCCCCGCUGAGCAGUACAGUCAAGGGGAUGCUCUGUGCAGACACAUGUGCCGGGCCAUCGGCGAGACCUUCAUUGUGAGGCGUGGGGACCGUUUCCUGGAUGGGACCCGCUGUGUGCCAAGUGGUCGGCGGGAGGAUGGGACCCUGAGCCUGUGCGUGGCGGGCAGCUGCAGGACGUUCGGCUGUGACGGCGCGAUGGACUCCCCGCAGCUGCGAGACGUGUGUCAGGUGUGCGGAGGGGACAACAGCACGUGCCAGCAGCGGUCCGGCUCUUUCACGGGCGGAAGGGCCAGAGAGUAUGUCACGUUCCUGACCGUGACCCGCAACCUGACCAGCGUACAUGUCACCAACCGGAGGCCUCUCUUCACACACCUGGCCGUGCGGAUCCGAGGGCGCUACGUCGUGGCGGGGAAUUCCGGCAUCUCUCCCAGCACCACCUACCCCUCCCUCCUGGAGGACAGCCGCGUGGGGUACCGAGUGGCCCUCACCGAGGACCGGCUGCCUCUCCUGGAGGAGAUCCACAUCCGGGGACCCAGCCAGGACGAUGUGGAGAUCCAGGUUUACAGGCGCUACGGGGAGGAGUAUGGUGACCUUGCACGCCCAGACAUCACCUUCACCUACUUCCAGCCUAAGCAGCCACAGGCCUGGGCAUGGGCCGCCAUGCGGGGGUCCUGCUCGGUGAGCUGUGGGGCAGGGCUGCGCUGGGUGACCUACGGCUGUCUGGACCAGGCCAGGAACGAGUGGGCGGAGGCCGCUCGGUGCGAAGGGAGCCAGCAGCCCGCAGCCUGGCCAGAGUCCUGCGCCCCCAGGCCCUGCCCCCCAUACUGGGCAGCCGGAGACUUCGGCGCGUGCAGCGUCUCCUGCGGGGGAGGCCUGCGGGAGAGGGCCGUGCGUUGCGUGGAGGCCCAGGGGACCCUCCUGAGGCCGCUGCCCCCUGCCCGGUGCAGAGUGCUGGCCCCAGAGCCGGCAGUGGUGGAAGCCUGCAACCCCCAGGCCUGCCCGGUGAGGCAGGAGGGCUCAGACGCGUGCUCGCCAGCCUGUGGAGCAGACCCGGCUUUGUGGAAUAGGACAUGUGUGCGCAGGGCAGAGGGCCUGGCCACCGCGGGGCCCUGCCCCACAGACGAGAAGCUGCCUGGCCAGGAACCCUGUGUGCCUGUUGCUUGUCCCCCACAGCCAGACCCCCGGCCUCUGGAGGAGGAGGCCACAUCCCCACCGGGCGGCGCUGGGGUGGGGGCUCACGCCGCACACAUGUGGACUCCCCUGGCGGGGCCGUGCUCUGCCUCCUGCGGUCGAGGCCUGAGGGAGCUGCGUUUCGUGUGCAUGGACUCUGUCCUGGGGACCCCUGUCCAGGAAGAGCUCUGUGACCUGGGAAGCAAGCCUGCGAGUCGGCGGGAAGCCUGUAGGGCUGCCCCUUGCCCGGCUUGGUGGAGGUAUAAGCUGGCGGCGUGCAGCGUGAGCUGUGGAGGAGGGUUUGCGCAGAGGCUGCUGUACUGUGCGCGGGCCCACGGGGAGCACGAGGACGAGGAGGUCCUGCCGGAUACCCAGUGCCAGGGGCUGCCGCGCCCGGAGCAGCGGGAGGCCUGCAGCCCAGAGCCCUGCCCGGCCAGGUGGAAAAUCCUGUCCCUUGGCCCGUGCUCAGCGAGCUGUGGUCUGGGCACCGCCACGCGCUCCGUGGCCUGUGUGCGGCUCAGCCAAGGCCAGGAUGUGGAGGUGGAGGGGGCAGCCUGCGCGGCUCAGGUGCGGCCUCAGGCCAGCGUCCCUUGUGUCAUCACCGACUGCACCUACCGGUGGCAUGUCAGCUCCUGGACACAGUGCUCAGUCUCCUGCGGGGAUGGCACCCAGCACCGGCAUCACACCUGCAUUGGACCCCAGACCCAGGCACCCAUGCCGGCCGGCUUCUGCCAGCACGUGCCCAAGCCAGCCACAGUGCAGAGCUGCUGGGCCGGACCCUGCACCGGGCAGGGGACUCCCAGUCCGGCACCCCGCCAGGAAGUCACUGCUGCAGACCUGGCCAUGUCUGGUGCUUCUCUGGAGUGGCCCCAGCCCCGGGCCCCCCUCCUCUCUGCAGCUUCCUGGCUUCAGGAGCUCUUGCCUGGGCUCCAGGAAAGCCCAGCCGAGCCCAGUGCCUGCGGCCGGCAGCACCUCGAGCCGACAGGAACCAUUGACAUGCGAGGCCCAGGGCAGACGGACUGUGCUGUGGCCAUUGGGCGGCCUCUGGGUGAGGUGGUGACCCUUCAGGUCCUGGAGAGCUCCCUCAGCUGCAGGACUGGGGACAUGCUGCUGCUUUGGGACAGGUUCACAUGGAGGAAGACGUGCGGGAAGCUGUCUGGCUCGACCUUCAGCUCCAAAACAAACACGCUGGUGGUGAGGCAGCGCCGCACGCGGCCUGAAGGCGGGGUUGUGCUGCGGUACGGGAGCCGGCCUGCCUCGGGAACCCCCCACAGAGACUGUGACGUGCAGCGCUUUGGACCCUCGGGUGAAAUCGUGAGCCCCUCGAAGAGUCCCCAUGGGAGCAACUUGGGGGGCUGCCGCAUCUUCAUUAACGUGGCCCCGCAGGCCCGGAUUGCCAUCCAUGCCCUGACCACUGAUGUGGGCUCGGGAACCGGAGCCAGCUACAUCUCCAUCCGGGACACCCACAGCCUGAAGACGAUGACAUUCCAUGGGCAGCAGGCACUCUACUGGGAGUCAGAGGGAAGCCAGGCUGAGAUGGAGUUUAGCCAGGGCUUCCUGGAGGCGCGUGCCAGCCUGCGGGGCUGGUACUGGACCCUCCAAUCUAGGGUGCAGGAGCCUGGCCGGGCUGCGCUCUAGCUUCCUCUCCAAGGACAUUUCUCCAGGGACCUGUGGACGCAGUGGAUUGCCUCCUCCAGGUCCUGGAAGAGAGGAAGGAGGCUGACAUUUAUGAGCACCUGUUGGGUGCCCGGCGAACCCGAGGGUUGACUCUGGUCUCUGAGUGCUUUCCAGUUUGGAUCCCUCCAGUCUUAAGUGUCUCCUUCAGGGCCUUGGGAAGCAGGGACUGGACUCCCUGAAAAGGCCUCUCUGUACCAAUAAACGGAAUGUGCAGUCCGAGGAGCGCUUUCUGCA